UUGUCUUUGGCACCUGAGUUGAACUGUGCCAUGCGCUGGGUAAGGCCGCAGCCACCCCUACGCUAUGUCGUACUUAGACGCCUUUGCGCAGUGGUUGUGGUUUGCAUGUGUCAAUGGGGAUGUGCCCACCUCACAGCGCUCCAUGGGUACCCGCAGCCGCGGGCCAGGGCGUACCAGCAAGAGGCCGUGGACUUCUUCUUCAAGAAUGCCAAGCAGGCUGCCGAAGGGCAUGGCCUUCGCUUUCAGAUGGCGUGUGGCACUGGCAAAACCUUCACCUACGCUUUGAUCAUCAGAAGAGAUAUGGCAGAGCACCCUGGUGGUCACCACGUGAUCUUCGUGCCAUGGCGAGAUUUGGCCAGGCAGACAGCAGCAGAACUGGAACGACUUGGCGUGAAAUCCUGCAUCAUUGGAGAUGGCUGCACCGAAUUGGACUGGAGUGCCCCAGUUAUCGUUUGCGUGUAUGCUUCUGCGUAUCGGCUUCGUGGGAACACCUUUCGGAUCAAAAUUGUUGACGAGGCACAUCAUUUGGAGAUGAAGGGAGAUGCAGGCUUUGCCAGGGACAUCAUGCAUGGGGUGUCCAGCGAACUAGCUGCACACUUCACUGCAACUUUCUACAAUACCACGGGUGUCCAUUUCAGAUAUGACUUUGACCGGGCGGUUGAUGAGGGUCAUGUGUGUGACUUCCUGUUGACGGUGCCGUUCGGCGGUCCGCGCAAGGAUGUCAUGGGGAAGUGGAUCGUGGAGAAGCGAAAGCAGCUUGCUCCGAUGCUUGUGGUGCUGAACCGUGUGGACAGGGCAAAGAGCUGUGCAAAGUUGCUUUGUGAUUUAGGACUAUCAGCAAGAGCUCUCCAUAGCAAAAUGAACUACACCGUCCGGAGUGAGGUCAAAGAUGCCGUGAGGACCGGGCAGUUGGAAGCUGCAUGCAUCGUGAAUAUGUUCAACGAGGGUGUAUCCAUGAAUGAGCUGAAGUCCGUGAUUUUUUGGGACAAGCGCUGCAGUGCAGUCAAUGUGAAACAGCUGUCCAUGCGUGUGACGCGGCUUCAUGAGACCAAGCCCAUUGCGCACGUGGUGUUGCCCCUUUGUGAAGACUUGCGGUACGACAGAGAGAUUCGCAACAUCAUCAGGAGCCUGGCAGCUGUUAAUUCCAAUGUUAAGACUGGGAUUCGACAGCAAUGCGCUGGCUGGUUCAAUGUUGUGAAUUUGCAACGUAACCAGAGCUCUCCUUGGUCUGCGGAAUCGGACAACAUUUCGGAACAGAUCUUCGACCGUUUUGGCCGAUACCUGGCGGGCCCCCGCGUACAGGCUGCCACUGCCCGACCUGCCCGGGGCAUCCGGCGCAAGCCAUUUUACAAGUGCUUUUUGCGAUUUGGUUCGAAGACCCACCUUGCAAAGCAUAAGUGGUUUCAAACCCUCAGAGAAGCUCAGCAAACAUCAAUCAGGGCCUGUACUUGUGAUUUUUUGUUUUGCGGUCAUGUCCUGGUUUCUGCCCUAGUGGUCGUACACAUCCUUUUGUUGCAGGACUUCAGUGGCAGUGUGGACCAGCUCAAGGAUUUCGUUGUGCUACAUGGCCAUUUGCCCCGAGUAGCCGCCAAGCGUGCUCACAAGAAGGAUGAGGCCUUCUUGGCACGUUUCCUGAAAUAUGUGAAGAGAAAGCUGACAUCUGAUGAACUGAGCCAAGCUCAGAUCUUCCAGCUGAAGCUGAUUCCCCUGAUGCAGGAACGGAUAGAAGAGUGGACAAAAUUUGCCGAGAACCACCAGAACUUUGAUUGGAAGGAUCGCUGCCGCCAGCUCAAGGAUUGGGAGGCCAAGCACCACAGGUUGCCCAAAGGACGGGGAACCAGCCCCGAGGAGAAGUACUUGAUGCGUUGGUUAGUGGAGGUGGGACGGCGCUUCCGCAAAGACGAACUGUCAAAAGAACAAGUGAAUGCUUUGAUGGACAUUCCUGGGCUGCAGGUAAUGCUAGAUAAAUGGACCAGGCAACUCUUCAGCAAGAAGGCCCAGCAGCUGUCCUGGUCACAAGGCUGCCAAGAGUUGGGGGCCUGGAUGAAGACCAAGCGUCGAAUGCCUAGGCAAACGGCACAAUGGGAGGAGCACUGCUUGUGGCACUGGCUGAGGUUGGUGAGGCUGCGCUUCGUCAACAACACUCUCACAACUGAAGAAAUCCAACAACUGGAGGAGAUUCCCACAAUGUUGAAGGAAAUGCUUUGGUGGGAAGCACGAUGGGGUCCAAAAGAACGCUGGCUAAAUCAUUGCGAGGAGCUGAAAGAAUGGUUGGAGACACGGGACUUCCCGUAUGAGGGCCCAAAUGCCUCGCUGAAUGAGACGCGUUUGGCCAUAUGGUAUAAGAUUGCUGUUCAGAAACUCAAGAAGGGAACCCUAUCUGCUGAGCAGACGCAUGCAUUGGCAUCCAUUCCACAGCUGGAAGGCAUCGCCGACUACAAGCCAGCAGGCAAGACACGAUUCUUGGAGCUUCUAUGGCAUCGUCGGUUCUUGGAACUUCAAGUCUGGCAAUUGACCCACAAGAAGUUGCCGACCCGCACUGCUGGUAACCCACGUGAAAGGACGCUGGCAUACUGGCUGGCGAAGAGCAAGUGGCUGUUUGCAACUGGGCAUCUCAGUCACCAGCAGAUUGAACAACUUAGAGAAAUCCCAGGUGUCGAUCUCCAGCACAGCUGCCGUGUGCAACUGAAUGCGGCAGGCAAGCGAAAAGAUGACCCGCACCGUGCGGUGACUUGUGUGAGAGCACUAAAGAGCACCGUUUUUGCAGGUGAGACGGUAUAGGUACAGGUUGCUG